UGAUAGAGAAAUAAAGGGUUUACACUCUCACUUUUCUUUUUCAACUCAGUGGUGUUUAUUGGAUGCUAACUAAAUGAAUUGCAUGGGCUAGGUGCUAAGGGAGAUUGAAAAGAAACACAUGCAUAAAAGUUCAUAUAGAUAGCCAAGUUCUCUUCUCACAAUUUUCUUAUUGAGCUGGUGGUGUUGAUAGCACAGGUAAUAUUAUUGAACUCUCCACUUUAUAGGAAAUCAAGACAGAGGGACACUGGGUGGCUUGGCUGAAACCACAAGCGGAAUAAGCAGUGGGGGUGGGACUAGUACCCAGGGCUUCUGAUUCCCAGCAGCAUCCACUUCCCUACCAAAAAUAUACUUCUCUCAACUAUUGCAAGUAACUUGAGGGGCUCCCACAUUCGGGGUGAUUCUCAGUGGAAGGCUCCUCUUCUCAUGAUCUGAGGAAAAGGGAACAAUUUCCAUCCCUUCCUCGGGAUCCCAGUUUCAGUUCCAUAUUUCAGGAGUGAUUUGAGCCUCCUUGAUUUAACACUGGGUCCCAGAGCCUUUAUGUUUAUUUGUUGUUGUUGUUUUCCAUGAUGACUCUCAAGGUAUCUUGGUUUCCCAACCAUCCUGUGGGAGAGAAUGGGGCAAAGCUGGAGUCGCUCUCCCAGCCAGGCCCCUCUGCCACUGGGCUGGCCCAGGAAUCUCGGAGAGUCCGGAGACAGCCUCUGUGUGCUCCAGUACCCACAGUCCUUGGCCGUUUCCUGCUUUUCUCUGCAGGAAUAACGCCCAGCACUUCUGGCUCAGGCACCCUCUUGCUGAAGGACUUUCCUUGGGCAGCAGCUCAGACUUCACUCUUGCUUCUUCUGGGACUUCUGCUGGCUGCUCUUGGUUUCAUCUGGAAGCUUCGCCAGGAGAAAGAGCGAGAACGCUGGACCAAAGAGAAAUUCCAAAGAAAGCUCCGUAAGUUCUGUGCUUCUCUCUCCUGUGUAUACGAUUUGAGACCCUCUCAUGUACCAUUUAUCUCACGAGGUUUCUUUGUCCUACUUCAGGCUGGAGAAAAGCCCAGAAAGUGGAUGAUCGGAGAACAGCUUGGUCCUAUUCUGGCGAGUGGCUGUCUAAUUCUUAUGGCCUCAGGCCCAGGACUCCAUAAAAGAAGAUCUUAGUGGUCUUUCUCCAUCUUCCAGCUCCAAAUAGUGGCCUGGCUGGGCUGGCAAUGAAUGGAGACCCAGGGAGAAUCCACAUAGCAUCAAGAUCAAGCGCUACCCAAUCUCAGUUCAGCACCUGCACCUACUGCCUUUCCAGCAGUUUCGACUGUUUUUUUUUUUUUUUUUCUUCUUAAAGUGCUGCUCAUCCACUUUCUCUCUUGGGUUUUUCUACUCUUCAAUAUCUUUAGCAUCAUGGACCUGAGGGUACAACUAGAAAGGCUUCAUUCAAAUGACGGUCAGUCUCUAGUGGGUUAUGUGCAUCUUAGAGGAGAUCUGGCGACUCUGUCCACCUAAGCUCCUCUCCCCUCAGAGCAGAGGUGCCACUUGGCACCCAGUUCCCCCAUGGAGAAUCCUAGAAAGACGAGGGAUAAAUAAAACCUAGUAAAUUGUCUUUCAAAAUUGCUAACAUUUAUUGAGCAGCUACUACCGUGCACCAGAAGCAGCUCUGAGUGCUUAACGUAUAUUCUUCCAUUUAUGGAUCCUCACAACAGCCCUAACAGUUAAGUGCUAUUAUUAUGCCCAUUUACAGCAGAAGAAAUUAAUCCACAGAGAGGGCAAAAACCUUGGCUUCAAAUCACACAUCCAGGAAGUGGUGACACUGGGAUACAAGCCCAAGGAGUCUGGUCCCGCCGGCUAUGCUCCGUCCCCUCAUUAUGUGGCGUAGGGUUGUAAUAGAUCUGCUCUGAUCCCUUAUCCUUAACAUGAAGGAGGCUCAGUAAUUUCAAAUAACUGGUUCAACUGAAGGACUUUCUCUUUGAAGUGAUAUUGUUUGUUUCUUUGUUUGUCUCAAGACUGAGUUCCUUGACAGGGCAUGGCCUGUGUUUUACCAUCUGGGAGUGCUCGGUAUCUAGGACAUGGAAGAAAUGUCCACAGAAACGGUAUAUGCAGGGAACUGACUUUGGGUCAUGGCUUGUAUUCGUCAGGGUAGGCUAACUGUUGCAACAAACAGCCCCAACAGCUCAUUAGGUAAACACAAUGAAAGUGUACGUCUCCAUCUCUUCAGUGUUCAGGACAGAUCAUAUGGGGAUGCGGGAGCUUUGCUCGACAUGGACCCAGGGCCUCACUCUACUCCGUACUGAGCCAGCAAACGGCAGAAAAAGGAGUGGAAAUAAUGUGCAGAAGGUUUCUCAUCGGCCAGGCCUGAAGUAGCCAACUCUUCUCCUGGAUACGCAAGGGAGGCUGGGAAAUGUCAUCUAGCUGUGUCCCCAGGAGGAAAAGGAACCAAUGUUUGGUGAACACAUAAAAGUUUCUCCCAUAUGACUCUUCUAAGCUAGGAGAUUCAGGGAAAGUCUAUUAAAGACGGGUAUUGAUGAGAUCAGAUAUUUUACACAGUUGGCCAUAAAGCUCUGGCCAAGUGGUCCUCCACGCAGUCUCCUGGGGCUUCAGGUUGGCAGAGAGGCAUGGCUGAAGGCUGUCCAUGGGACCUUCCCCAGCCCUUCAUUCUGCAAGUAUUAUUAAGCACCAGUUGUGAGGCAGUGUCUGACAAUGCUAGACAGUGGGGAUGCAAAGAUGAACAAACAUAGUCUCUACCUUUUGGGGUCCUAGUCUAGUAGAGGAGAAAAACGUGAAAUAAACAAUAAUAGUGCAGUGACAUGAGAGGGGGUUGUACAAAAUGCUGUGGGAGAUGAGAGAAAUGUGAUUGGCCAACCCCUGCUCCUGGGGUCCAGGAACCUCCGGAUUUGGGGAAUCUGGAUUUUCUCCUCCUUGUAAGUUUCUGAGCUCUCCUAGUAGCUCUUUGAAGCAUGUUCUUGAGGACAUUUGGGGGAGAUACUUAUCACUCCAGCUAUUUUGUAGAGGAAGCAAAGGAACUUCAUGGGUUAAAACCAGCUCCUUUUCCCCCUCUUCCCAGUCACUGAGGGCCCUGGGAUGCCAGAGUUAACGGGCCUCUCUUCUCUCUCACUCU